AUGGGACAAUCAAAGAUCAGCCUUAAAGAACUAGCUAGUGUUAAGCGAAAGAGAUAUGGCCCAAUUGGCCGAUGGGGUUUGACGUAUCGAAGCUUGAAAGCUGAGAAGUCUAAGGCGGAUCGAUACCAUAAGAAAGAAAAAGUGUCACACAUCACAGUCGAAGGUGUUUCUUCCGACGAUGAAGAGAUAGUCAACAGGAGUGAGGUUAACGUGGCAGAACUUAAGCCCGGACCUCCGUAUGUGUGUAAGUUUUUGAAGCCAUCAAAUGGAAAAAAUCUUGUCGAGCCAGAAAAAACAGAAAAAUACGUAGCUAAAACCUAUACAUUGGACGUGUCUAAGUGCGACGAAAUCUUUGAUCUAUUAGUAAAAGAUGGUCAAAUUAUCGUCCCCCGGGGUUUAAAAGACCCUCCCCUAGAACAAAAGAAGAAAGGGGGAUUCUGUAAAUUUCAUAAUUUCCUUGGUCAUAAAACUUACCAAUGUGUUCUUUUCAGGGAUUUGGUGCAGAAAGCUCUGAAAGAAGGAAGGCUCCAGUUUGGCGAAAGGCCAAAAAUGCAAGUGGAUUAUGACCCUCUGAAGCUGGAAGAAGCUUUGCACGUGGAGCCUCUCGAAUGCAUGGUGGUAGAGACUAUUGAUGGCCUCAUUGAGGUUUCCAAAGCAACCUCGUUAGCUUAA